GACGACCUCGUCUCUUCCGCCGUCACCUUCCUCCAAGACCCAAAGGUAGCAGAUGCACCCUUGGCAAAACGCAUCGCCUUCCUCGAAUCCAAGGGACUCUCCCCGCAGCAAGUCCAACAAGCCCUACAGCGCGCACAAGACGCAGCACCACCAGCAGCAACCGGGGCCUCACAAGAGUCAACGGGGUAUGCGCCCGCGAGGCCACCGACUCUGCCGUACGCGUCGUAUGCGCAAGGACAAGCAGGAAAUAGUCUGAUUGCAGCACAACCACCUGCCCUUCCACAACGAGACUGGCGGGAUUGGUUCAUCAUGGCUGUGGUGUCUGGUGGUCUCUCAUGGGCUGUGUAUCAUACGGCAAAACGCUACAUCCUACCCCUCGUUCAGCCGCCCAACAUCAGUCAACUCGAGGAGGAUAAAAAUGCCUUGGCCGCACAGUUCGAUCAAGUACAAGAGAUGCUUUCCAUGUUGCAGACCGAUGCCGCUGAGCAAAAGCAAGCAAUGACAACACAGCAGGAAAAGGUAGACAAGUGCCUGAAGGAAGUCGAAACAACCGUUGAGGAUGUGCGUGAUAAAGCAGAUCGCAGGGAGACAGAUAUCCGCAGGUUGGGCCUGGAGCUGGAUCAGAUCAGAGAGUUGAUUCCGAAGGCUCUGGAGAGUGUCAAGCAUGCGCAGACAGAGUCACUCAAUGAACUCAAUAACGAGUUGCGGUCACUCAAGACAUUGCUGCAGAAUAGG